GCGGGGUGCGCGUAAGUGCGAGUAGUUGGCUCAGUCAGUUGAGUUUUGUACUUCGAUGCGUUCGGUUGGCAAUAUUUAUGGCUGUCGCUUGAGCAAGCUGCUCUGCAAUUGGUUCAAAAUUGAACUCGUAACGCCUGCGCGUGUUUUGAACGGUUAAAUAUUUCAGCGCCCCCAAUGUGACAGAUUAAAAAAACGCAACGAUUUUCUAAAAUAUACAAUUGUUGGUGUAAAAGUGUUAAGUGUGCACAGCUGUUACAAAAUCUUAUUGGAUUUACGCAAUUGGAACUGAGAUACAAAAAUAACGAAGAAACAGAAAGUGCCUGCAAUAAUAACUCAAUCAGCUGCCCCUCACGUAUCGGAAACUAAAGUUCGUGUAAUUCGGUAGAAGCCACCAAAAACAAGAGACAAAAAAAACGCCAUCGAGAAGCCAAAAAGCCGACAAACAGUUGGCUUGCUUACCGCGUUGUUGGCAUUUAAUUUGGGCUGUUACGUGGCUGGAGAUUCGUGUGGACGCCGAAAAGAAAGUCACGACAUUAUCCAUAGUGGUUCGAAACAAGAUUUCCAAGAUUCUGCGCCGAAAGUCAAAGUUACAAGUUUACAUUUUGGCCCGGUUCAACGUCUUUUAUAUUAGUGUGUGUGUGUGUGUUUGCAUAUAUAUAUAUAUACAUAUAUGUACGUGUGUUUGUGCUUGUGCCACUUUAGAAAGUGAAAAUCGAGUGCAGUUUCAAUUCGAGUCCCAUUCGGCCUCUGGGCGCUGCAGCUGAAAGUGAAUCUACUUGUGGACUUUAAUUUUAUACGGUGCGGUCUCUUUCAGUAGCUGCGGACAGCUUCUUGUAGAUACUUCCCCCCGUUCUACCCAUUCAUCGAUAAAGUCGCACUGUAUCCAUCUGAGAUCCGAUCAGGCGAUCAUACGAAGCUUCAACAAUGGAGGCCGAAGAAAUUACAAAACUUGUUGAUGGCGUUUAUAGGAAUAUACUCGAUAGAUUUAAUCCAGGUGCGAGACAACUAAUUGCAGCGGGCAAAAGUUACCUGAAGGCGUUGCAUGGUGCCGCAACUGCCUCUCGUCUAUUUAAUGAAGCAUUGGCCAAGAUUGCAAUGAACGCGCAACAAAGCGGAACGGGCGAUAUUGGUUCGGCUUUAAUGAGCGUUGUAAAUGUAAACAAGGAAAUACAGGAGCAACAGAUGAAUAUUCUGAAAGCCUUCUAUGUGGAUCUGUUGGUGCCAUUGGAGACAAACUUGGAGAAGGACACAAAAGUGGUGCAGCAUGAGCAAAAGAAAUUUCUGCAGCAGCAUAAAGUGCGCAUGGAGAGCUACCAAAAAGCCGUCUCCACAAUGAAGAAACAGCGCAAGAAAAAGGCUACUCCCGAGAAUACUGAAAAGGAGCUGAGAAGUUUGCAACUAUUGGAGGAUCAGAAGAAGAAGCUUGAUGUAUUUUGCGAUCAAAGCUAUAAGAACGCCAUGACACAGGAGCGACGUCGUUAUGGUUUCGUGCUGGAGCGCCAAUGCUCGAUAGCCAAGCACUGGAUGGCAUACCAUACCACCGGCAAAACAGUAAUUGAUAAUAAUUUCGAAAAUUGGCAAGAAAUUGCCGCCUCUCGUGAGAUUAUACCGCCGGCCGCAUACGAAAGUGGCUACAACAGCAGCAACAGCAACACACGUCGCCUGGAGCGGAUUAAGGACGCUGAUGAUGAGCAGCUACAGGGACAUGGCGCCCAGUUGAAGAAAUCGCGCAGCAUCGAUGCACCCUAUGGAGAUAUGCGCACGCUGCAUGAGCGUGAGAAUCUUGGAGCUGGUGGUUCAGCAUCAACGCACUACGCACAGAAUUCGCUGCCACGUGCCAAGUCCGAUUUCAAUUUGGCUUUGGUUGGCACUGCACCGCUAACAGGCAAUAAACACAAGAUCAUUGAGGAGCAGUUGUCGCAUGGAGAACUGGAACGUGGGGAUCAGCGACCUUUGGUGAAGGCGCUCUAUGCUUAUAUGCCCUCGGGGGAGAAUCAAUUGUCCUUCGAGGAAGGAGACCGCAUUGCUUUGGUAGGCGCCAAGGUGAAGGGUUGGCAGUUUGGUGAGAAUUUGCGGACGCAGCACUUUGGCUGGUUUCCGGUUGCCUACACAAACGCCGAGAGUCUGGAGCUGGCGCCAUCUAGCGGUCGGCGUUACGAGAACAUGCACAUGAGUUACGAACGCAACAGCGUCGGUCUACGCAGUUAUCACGAUCAGCAGCAACAGCAACAACAACAACAAUACGAGGCUCAACUGGAGCUCAUGGAAAGCGAUGCGACCUACCGACGACGUCGCAACCAUAGCGCCGAGGAAUCUUCGCCCACGCGCAUGUUUGGCGACACCAUCAAGCAACAGAAGAAAUAUCGCUCCGGCUCAGCGGCCAAUCCUCGACCAGGUCCGCCGCCAACGCUGCCCGCACCCGUGCCCAAUAGUCAGAGUCAGAACCAGAGUCAGAGCUCCCGUAUGCUGAACAGCUCGCAGAGCUUCUGUGCCACAAAUGGAGUGCCAGCUGCUGUCGAGAGACGCAAGCAGAAGCUGCUGAAUGGAGCUCAGAGCUCCAUGACAACUCAAUCGUCCACAAAGUCCGCGGCGGCGGCAAAAACAUCGCUGCACAGCAGCAACGACAGCGGAUUCGCCAAUGAGCCACCACCACAGCCAGAGGUGGACUACUCCGAUGAGGAGCCAAACACACAACGUGUGCCCAUACGACGCCGCGCGGAUACAAAUACUCAUACGGUGCCACGGGAUGUGGCAUCCUGGACGCUGAGUCGCAAUUUCCGGAACAGCGUGGACAGCCAGAUCGAUGACAAGAGUCUGCACCGGUUGAGCCGGCAGAGCGGCGGCAUUGGAGGCAAAAUGCGAUACGAUUUGAUAGCCUCCGAUGAUGAGAUAUUGCAGGCGUCGAGUGCCGGAUUAAAGCGCACCAAAUCCUUUUGGAAGUUUGGCGGCGGACGCAGCGGAGAGGAUAUAUUGGCUGGCAUGUCGCUCUGGCAGCAUCGGGAUCUAGUUGCAGCGCCCAAUUUGGAGGAGAUGCGUGAUGAGCCACGUUCCGACGAGGAUCGGGAUCGGGAACGCAAUGGCAAUGGAAAUGGAAGUGGCACGUUGACCAAAUCGAAUAAUUCCAGCUCAUCGCAGGAGAAACCAGGACGUGGACGCAAGGAUAGCAUUACAAGCACAGAGAUCUAUGGGGAUGAUGAUGAGAAUAUCUAUGGCAUAAGUCCGGCAGCGCCGCCACAGCAACAACAACAACAGCAGCAGCAACAACAGCAGCAACAACAACAACAGCCGCAGAGGAGCAGCGGUUACACGCCCAAGUCGCGCAUGAAGAUCAUGAAGACCAUUGAGAUUGACAUUGAGGAGCCCUCGGAGAGCGAAAGAUUGAGCACGAUGCGACGCGGGCAACAGCAGACGGAUUAUGGACAUGGACAUCGUAAGCUGGACAAACAGGGAUCGGGAUCCGCAUCAAUGGCAUCCUCCACGCCGCAGCACAAGUCACAGACGCUUAGCCGAUCCAAGCCUGGACAUCAGCAGCAACAACAACAACAACAACAGCAACAGUUUCCCAAUUCCACGGAUGAGGGAGAAAGCGAUGAGCACGGAACACUCAAGUUGAGCGAUGUGAACAACUUCUUUGAUGAUAUGCAGCAUGAUGGCCAUGGGAAUCCGGGCAAUGGAGUCGGUGGCAAUCAUGGCCUGGUGAUGAAGACCCUCAAGCGGAAAGAUAUACUCAAGCAGUAUUAUACCAGCGAGGAUGAAUCCGAAUCGGAACUAAAGUCAACCAGCUCGGAUCCCUAUGACUGCAUCGUGAUCAAUGAUCAUCUGGUGCGCAAGGACGACAAACUGAGGCGACAGCAUCACCAGCAUCAACAACAGCAACAAAUGGAGUUUCACACAUUUCGCUCAUCCACAUCGACAACGGCUACAAAUACGUUGAAGAAAUCCAAUUCCAAGGAGCAGGAGAGCACAUUGACUCGCAAUUCCACAGUGAAUUCAGGGGCACCCACUGCCACAAUUCUGCCACGCACGCGACUCCUUAAAUCCUCAUCCAGCAGCAACAACAACAACAACAAUCACAGUAGCGCCACAUUGGAGCGAAAUUUGAAAGCCCAUGUGGGCAACAAGAGUUACGGUCCUUGGUAUGACUUCUGGGAUCAGGAACAGCAUGGCAUGACGACUCAAAAGUCCUCAGGCGCCAAGAUGAAGUGAACAGGAGAAGGAGAAGGAGAGGGAAUAGGGAAUGGGAAAGGGAAAGGAAUAGAAAAGUGGGUUGUGAGCUAUGUUGUUUCGCCGUUUUCUUACCAGAGAAGAAAAUGCGCCGAGCUUGGCGGCGAUUGAAGAGAGCAGAAAAAAAAGUCAAAAGUAAACCAGUAAAAAAUCUACAAAAUAAGAAAUUCUAGCGAUGUUUGUAAAUUUCCCUAGUGUUUUCAAAAAACUAAUUUUUUCCUAUUAAAUAUGGAUUUUUAAACCUUUUAAAGCCAAAAUUAUUUAGUUUUAUCAGAUAAAAGUGUGCCAAAUUUGUAUUAGAGACAUUUUCCGAACAAACAACAUACUUUCUUCCAUUUCAAAUAUUUAUCAUAUUAAAUCAGACCCCUUUGCUUAAAAACGCGUAUCAAAUGCCGAAAUGCUUCCAUUUUUGGUGCAUUUUUGGAUAAGCACAAACAUAACAUAUAAACAUACAUACAUAUCUAUUCUUCUAUAUUUUUUUUCUUAAUCAUAAGAUCUUGCACACACACAUACAGUUUUACAUCUAAGAACUGGGAAUAUUACGCAUAUGUUUUAUAUUUACAGCAGACGCGGUAUAUAUCGCAAUUAUUCCAUAGGCUAUUGAUAAAGAAAUCUUCCCGUAGAACUACACGCAUUCUAAAAAUCCCAAAAACUUCAAAAUGCAAAAGCGUAUGUAAAAUAGUAGUAGCCCGUUGUUAUCUAAUUUGAAACCUUUUGUGUUGUACAAAGAUGACAUAACGAUACAUAUGUAAGCGCUCGUUUCAGUAGUACCAGGUGAAAAGAUAUCUUCAACUUCAACUGGAAAAGUUCGUCAUUAUUUUGCAGCGCCUCACAAUUUGCCACAAUCAAGUUGCGACACACAAAGACCAACGAUCGCUCAGCUCCCAUGAUAUAUCGGAGUGUCAACAAGUAGCAACGACAGCGUAAGGUGGACUUUCUAUUAUGAUCCAUCGACAAAGCGGACACAUUUCCCAACAAAAAAAAAAAACACCCAAAUUACCUACUAUAAUAACAUAAUAUACAUUUUAUAAUCCUUAUUUUAAUACUUAUCUUAGAGCUUAAAGCUAGAGCUAGUAAUGCUGCUCUUUCAUGCCUGACUAGCUGGAACUGGAUUCGGAUAAUUGAUUACAUAAAGACUUCUAGUCUUGCUUGACCAGUUCCAUGUGCCGUUGGGGCAAGGAUUCAUGGUAGUCAUUAAGUUGUAUUGUUUGUUAAAAUUAUAAAUACUUAUAUUGUAUGUUAAAGAUCAAAAUAUGUAAAUUCCAUUAUUAUGCUGAAUAAAAAGACGAUUUAAAAUA